CACAAUUGCAGUGAAACUUCCCAUUAAACCGAAUUGCUUCCCAUUGAGUUACAUGUGAAAGAAACGUCGUGUAUUUUGACAAGAAUAUUUGUUUGCAGUUCUAGCAUUCAAACGGUCAGAAGAAAAUAUGAAGACCAUGCUCAUAUUUGUUCUGUUGUUCUUUCUCCAUUGUGCUGAGUGCCAACAGACUUUGAAGAAUUCUCGAGCUCCUGUCAAUCCAUAUGGAUGGUUCAAAAUUCAUAGCGAAGGAUAUAAGAAAUGUCUAACUGCAGUCUAUACCUCGACAAGAAGAUACAGUUAUUAUUUGAAAUAUUUAAAAGGAAAGCUUGUAAAAAGCCGUAAAGUGGCUUCUCAAAAGGCCCGAUUAGUUUUGAAACACUGUUCGGCAGCUUUUGAUCAAGAUUGGCGAUGGCUUUCAACUGGUCAUUUACAAUCAUCCUUAAACAACUAUUGUCUGACUGUUAGAAGAUCUUCACAAUCGAAACUAUUCCAGUACAAGGCAUCUAUUCAACCAUGUAUUUUACAAAGUGGUUACAAGCAGUGGACUUGUUCUGGUGGUUAUUUAAAGCUAAAAUAUAAAAACUUGUAUCUCAUUCCAUACCUGUUUAAAAAUGCACCAAGUGGUGGAGUAGUAGCUAGAAGAAGUAUAACAACCAGCUGUAAGUGGACACGCUACGGAACAUCAAAUACAAUAUGCGAAGAUGACACGACAGCCAACGUGAACUGGUUCAAGAUCAAGAAUUCCAAAUAUCAAUUGUGCCUAACGCUUCGUACUUUUCACUUUUUUGGGACAGUCAUAACUAAAUUGACACUAGCUACAUGCUUGCCAAACGCAUCAAGGCAGUUGUGGCAGUUUACGGGUAACAAAAAUCUCCGCCUGAAAUACAAUAAUAAGUGCCUCACCUUCGAUGGACAUCUCAAGUUAACGUUGCGUCCGUGUUCUUUUGUUAAUUUGCCUCAACAGUGGUCAUGUUCUCAAAGGAGAUUGCUCUUGGGAAGAGCUUUACAAUAUGUAGUGCCUUAUCCAUACAGUGGUAUGCCAUUUGGAUUCAUGAUACUUAUGACACGCUCGUGUUCAUCAAAAAACAAAGCUUGUCAGUGGACACAGUCCACAACAAAUUUACCUGUGUGCAGUAGCAGCAAGGAUAAAGAAACAACAGCGCUGACAACCAUGCAAAUUAGUUCUACGACAAAACCCACUACAAAAGAAAAAACUUUUAAAUCAACCGUCAAACAAACUUUAACAGCCAUACCAUCAGUGCUUACGAAAGAUAAAUUUGGAACCCCACCCCUUCCUCCAUCAGAUAUACCGAUUGGCACAAAUGUACCUCCUGCUCCUCCUCUCCCUGAAAUCAUAGCUCCCACUCCACCACCAGGAAAUAAGAAUGUUAGUUGUGGAACUAAAGGAAACAUUGGUGAGGUUGUAAACGGUACAAAAGUUGAAGUUGGAAACACACCGUGGCAAGUUGGAAUUAAAAGAUGUCAUAACUGCAACAUUAGAUGCGGUGGCACGCUGAUCAACGACCAGUGGGUGGUUACUGCUGCACAUUGUGUCACUGGUUGGUUAGCUGAAGAACUCUAUCUUGUAGUUGGAGAAGUAGAUCAAUCGAAGAUCUCUGGUCAAGAACAGCAGUUCAAAUGCACUGAAAUCAUAACUCACGAAGACUAUGGUCUUGGUGCUCCAUUUGAUAAAGAUAUUGCAUUACUAAAACUUGAUAAAUAUGCAGUUCUAAACGACUACGUGCGUCCCCUGUGCUUACCAGAAUCUGGUACUGUUCUUGGCAGUCAAGAUUUUUGUCAGGUGUCUGGAUUCGGUAGAGUAACGCGGUAUGGAGAGAAGUCUACCUUCUUACUUCAAGCCAACAUAAACAUUGUAGAUCUUGAAACGUGUAAAAAGGCGUAUGAAAAGUUAUCAAGGAAGGUAACCUCAAAUAUGUUAUGUGCUGGUUAUAGAAAAGGUGGGACAGAUGCAUGCCAAGGCGACAGUGGUGGACCUUUGACCUGCUACAAUCGCAGCAAGGUUCGUUUUACCUUGGGUGGUAUUGUGUCUUGGGGCGUCGGCUGCGCACAGCCUGACAGGUACGGGGUGUACACAAACACAGCAGUUUUUACACCAUGGAUCGAGAAAAAGUUAAAGGCCUACAGCAAAUAAGCACCUUGUAAUCAAACGAACAAAAACUUUUUCAUUUUUAAAACUUUGGGUAAUAGAUCGAUUUCUAUCAAAUUUAAACGAGUAAAUUUGUAUUUUCUAUGUAUGAAAUAAGGUAUAUGUCAUCUUAUCUGAUUUUCAAUAUUUUCUUGCACGUGUAAUCCGUGAAAUAUUAAAUGAAUUGUAUCAAA